AAGGCCCUUCUUUGAGGUCUCUGAGUGGAAAUGAUUGGUCCUCAAAACGGGUCCUAAUUAAGGAAGGCUUAUGAAGGCCGCCUCAAUGCUUCCCCCUCAAAAUGCUAAGGCACAGUUUAGGUAACAGUUCAGACUCUAAAAAUGAAGAUGGCUCGGUCUUUUCGCAGACGGAACACAACAUUGUUGCGGCUUACCUGAUUCUGGCAGGUCUGAUAAGUAUUCUCAGCAACAUAAUUGUUCUGGGCAUCUUCAUUAAGUACAAGGAACUUCGAACCCCCACGAACGCAAUUAUCAUGAACCUGGCUCUGACAGACAUAGGGGUCAGUAGCAUCGGCUACCCCAUGUCCGCUGCUUCGGAUCUGCAUGGAAGCUGGAAAUUUGGAUAUGCAGGUUGUCAGGUUUAUGCCGGGUUGAACAUCUUCUUUGGGAUGGCGAGCAUUGGGCUGCUCACGGUGGUGGCCGUGGAUCGCUAUCUGACCAUCUGCCGUCCUGACAUAGGAAGAAGAAUGACCUCCCACAGUUAUGUCGGCAUGAUUCUGGGGGCCUGGAUCAAUGGCCUGUUUUGGGCUUUGAUGCCCAUCAUAGGAUGGGCUAGUUAUGCCCCGGAUCCUACAGGGGCUACCUGUACCAUAAAUUGGCGGAAAAACGAUGUGUAUGGUGCAUGUUCACACUUUAUACUAGCUUUUGUGUCUUAUACGAUGACGGUUAUCGCAAUAAAUUUCAUCGUGCCCUUGGCAGUGAUGUUUUACUGCUAUCUGCACAUCACUCGGGCCAUCAGACGCCACGUGGCUGGUGACCGCCCCCCUAAUCUCAGCGGAGACUGGUCAGACCAGGUGGAUGUCACAAAGAUGUCUGUGGUGAUGAUUCUGAUGUUUCUGGUGGCAUGGUCCCCUUACUCCAUCGUGUGCUUAUGGGCUUCUUUUGGUGACCCAAGGAGGAUUUCCCCCUCGAUGGCCAUCAUAGCCCCACUCUUUGCAAAGUCUUCCACUUUCUACAAUCCCUGUAUUUAUGUUAUUGCUAAUAAAAAGUUUCGGAGAGCAAUGUUUGCCAUGUUCCAAUGUCAGACCCACCAAGCAGUGCCUGUGGCGAGCAUUCUACCAAUGGAUGCAUCUCAAAGCCCCUUGGCGUCUGGGAGAAUCUGAAAUCAGAGCAAAGCACACACCAUCAAAACGUUGUAUUUGUGCAGUGUUAAUUCCAGUACCUCAACCUUAUUUUAAAUAUGGGCCUAUUUAGGUUGAGUGUAGAGGUAGAUUACUGUCCUAUUAAACUGUGAGUGCAUCUGUGCCAUUCAUAGGUCUUGUGUCGGUGUUCUGGCUGUCUGUCCUGCUCGUUGUCUCCUUAUAUGUAAAUUUAUCGCUCAGUGCCUUUGGUGAAUCUGGGCACGUGACUAAGGUCCCUCUUCUUGUUUUUAAUAUGGCACACAUUGCACUGUGUUGAUGAUCUGUAACUUUUCUGAGGUCUCCGUUAAUCUAGAAACAGCCCCUGUUUUAAUCUUAGAAUGAAUUCAUAAUAAUCUCCCAUAAAUUUGUCAGAUGUUCUCAGCUAGAAUAAAAAAUAUUUUUAGCAUUUCAAAAAUUUAAAAUUUAGACUUAAUUAUUAACUAAUGUUUACCAAAAAUCAAAUGAACAUUAAACAUUAUUGUUUUUAAAUCAUGUCAAUGCACAUAUCUAUUUUAUAUAAAUAUAUGAUCUCUUUGAGCUUCAUUAUGUAUUCUCUAAUUUAACUCCAUUUUUCUGUAUGUGUAUUUCCAUAUAUUUAACACUAAAAUUAAGUUUAAUCAGAGCAGGAGUUUUUGUAUAUUUGUCUUCUCAUGUAACCUUAGCACAUGGUCAAUAUAUCACAUAGUUAAUACUUCUAAGUAGCAUCUUCUGUCUGGCAUAUAGUAAGCAUUCAAUAAAUACUUGCUGAAUGUCAAAUAAAUUUAUAGAGUCAU